AAAAAGGAAACUUUUUGAUUUCUACUAAUCAAGUGUUUGAUUUUAGUGAUUAAUUGUGAUAAUCUAAUCGCAUUCAGAUUAAGUUAACUGUUUCCCAAUUGAUUGAUUAGUUGGAGAGUCUUUUAGUUGAUUGGCUUUACUGUUUAAUUUGUUUCUCUCUUUGUAAAUUGGAUUAUAAUUUAAAUAAUGUCACUAAGGAUUCUUGUUGGUUGUAAACGUGUUAUUGACUAUGCUGUCAAGAUCAGAGUUAAACCUGACAAAACUGGAGUCGUUACCGAUGGAGUAAAGCACAGUUUAAAUCCGUUUGAUGAAAUUGCCGUUGAAGAGGCAGUUCGCAUGAAAGAGGCCAAAUUAGUGUCCGAGGUUAUCGCAGUAUCAUGUGGACCACAGAUAAGCCAGGAAACCUUACGAACUGCUCUUGCUAUGGGUGUUGACAGAGCGAUUCAUGUUGACGUUGAUGCCACUUCUUAUGCUAAUCUUCAACCGAUUCAUGUCUCAAAGAUCCUCGCAAAAUUGGCCACCGAUGAAAAGAUUGACAUCAUUAUUUUGGGAAAACAAGCGAUCGACGAUGAUGCCAAUCAAACAGCACAAAUGACCGCUGCCAUGUUAAACUGGCCUCAGGCCACAUUUGCAUCUAAAGUUGAAAGUGAAAAUGGCAGUUUAAAAGUCGUUCGUGAAAUCGACGGAGGUCUAGAGACAAUUAAAGUUAAAUUACCGACGGUACUAAGCGUCGAUUUAAGGCUAAAUGAGCCAAGAUACGCUACAUUACCUAACAUCAUGAAAGCUAAAAAGAAACCAAUUGAAAAGAAAACACCAGCUGAUUUAGGAGUCGAUAUUUCACCUCGAAUUGAAGUUUUGUCCGUUGAAGAGCCUCCAGUUCGUGAAGCAGGGUCAAAAGUCAAAGAUGUCGAUGAAUUAUUAGGAAAAUUAAAGGAGCUUGGACGAAUCUAAUUUGUUGACAAUUUAAAGAGAAUUAAAAAUCAACUGCUCAAUUCGGACCAAACGUUCAAAACAAAUUUAUAAUACAAAAGAAGAUGAAAUUAUUACCAACAAUUAACUUCAAUCCAGAGAAAUGUUUGACAGUUAAUCAACAAUUUAUAUACAAUUACUAACCCGAAGAAUCAACAACUUCAAAUGAAAUUAUUUUCAAAUCGAAUGUAAUCAACAAAGAUAGAUGAAUCUAAUUACCUUAAUUGUGAACAAUUUAAUUCGUGGAAUGAAAAAAUUGAUGAAACCAUUAGGUAAUUAGAAAUAAAUUAGUUUUUAUAUAAAUAAAUAUCGAUAAUAUUAUAUAAAUGUAA